AUGAUGAAAGCGCUGGAUCCGACCUAUCCGCUUUAUCCCAUCGUCGAGAUCUUCUCUACGGUCCUGCUUCUCCUGGUGCUAGCGACCAGCGUUGUGCGCCACAGUUGGAACCUCGGCGUUCUCUUCCUCUGCUUCUGGCUCCCUCUUGAACUCGUGGGCAGUGCCGCCGGUCACAUCAUCUGGUCGGACAAUGGUCAUGGUACCGCGCGCUUUCACACCUUCUGUGACAUCUUUUCCCGCCUGCAACUCGUCUGUUACGUCGUCAAGCCAAUGUCGACGCUCAUUCUGUCGCGCCGACUGUACAUGAUUGCUAGUCUUCGCCCUAUCAACUUGGAAUGCGCAGCAGCGCGACGGUGGAACUUUGCACUGGAAUGGACGCUGGGUAUCGGUGUGCCUCUCAUCGUCGCCGGGCCACUAUAUUACGUCUUGCAACGAUACCGCUUCGUGGUCAAGGAAGGUUUCGGUUGCGCCAACUCUCAUGCGCACUCUAUACUCUCGAUACUCUUGAUAGAAGGGUGGCUCGUCGUUCCUCCUCUGCUGUCCGCCGCCCUCUAUUACCCGAAGGUCAUCAAGACGUUCUAUUGCCAAAGAAGAGAUAUCGAACGGUUCCUACAGAGCGACGGUCCUGAGGCUGCUUCUCAUGUCAACUACGCGCGCCUCCUCAUCCUCGCCAGCGUCGACAUCCUCCUCAUGCUACCCUGCGGUUUGGCCAGCAUCAUCCUGUACACACUCGAGUUAGAGCCUAUCCCCUUCCACUCCAACGGUAUUCACAUCCAUCACCACAACCAUACUAUGAUCAAGACGGUUACCUAUGAAGAGCUGACGAGCGGGCAGGCCGGAUCGGCGAGGAUGGCGAGGAUUUACUUCCUCACGGCGACGUCCCCCGUGCUGGCUUUCACCAUCUUCGGCCUGUUCGGCGUGACCUCUGAAGCGCGUGCAUCGUACCGUCGCAUCAUCCGUACGGUCACGACACUAGUGGGAUGGCGGCCUGCUUCUCUCAAACACGUAGAGGCGCACUCGUCUCUAGGUCCGAUCGAGUUUGGGGAGAGGACGCCUACUCAUGUCACGCUCUCUGACAUAGGAAUGCGCCCAAGUCCUGUUGACCUGGUGGACCAGGAGUCGAAGAGCAAGUAUGCCAGUGCGCUCGGCACGCCCGACGGCGAGGUGAUUCAAAUGAAGGAAGUGGACCACGAUGCAGCUUCGUACAUUGUAUCGUAG